GUAGAAAAAUAAUGAUAAGCCAGGUUGGACGAGAGUUGUACAAAGUGCCGCUUCGCGUUUUAGAUCAUCGCGUAUUUGUUAACGGCGAGAUCGAAGCUUUCCUGGACAACUUCGAAGUACGGCGCAACGACAGCGAAGUGGAAAAACUUUUCCAGGUCACCGAGACCGUAGGAUCGCUCAAGUACGAUCUUUCAGAACGUUUCAUUUCAUUGGGUAACAAAAACCUUACCGAACUGGGUACCGAAGUGAACAAUCUGCUGUACGGGGUCAACAACCUGUUGGAGAAAGCCAAAGUGGAGCGGACGGCCAGCGCACAGUUGCGGGAGUCACGACAGUCACGUGAGCGACGCAGAGCCGAAUUUCUGACCAACCUGCAGCACGGCUACAAGCGCAUAGAAAACUCGUUUGAGGAAAAGGAGGAGGAAAUCGCCGAACUCUACUCCGACCUGCAAUUGAAGCUGAGCAUUGCCAAAUAGGAGCUGCCCUAAA